CCCGUCUCUUUGACUUAACUUUAGAUCUUGCUUCAUUUGAACGUAUACAUUUUAGUGUGUGAAAUGGCUGGAAAUAUUGAGCACCAUAUCCAAAAUACCUUGCUACAAGCAACAAAGGUAAUGGAAGAGCAGAUCGAUUCAGAGAUUGAAAAACUGGACCGUAUGACUUCGGACGAAAUGGAAGAGCUUCGUGAAAAACGGUUAGAGCAACUGAAAAAACAAGAGCAGCAAAAACGGGAGUGGCUUCACAAAGGACACGGCCAAUACAACGAGAUUCCGGGAGACAAAGAAUUUUUCAAGGAAACAAAAGACAGUCCCAGAAUCGUUUGCCAUUUCUUUCGCGACAGCACUUUUCGUUGCAAGAUAGUUGACAAGCAUUUGGCACUUUUGGCACCGAAGCACAUUGAAGCAAAAUUUGUCAAAGUGGACGCUGAACGGUGUCAUUUCCUUGUAGAAAGAUUAAACAUUAAAGUCCUGCCGACCAUUCUGCUUAUCAAAGAUGGUAAAUUCCUCGAUCGUAUCGUGGGGUUCGAUGAGUUAGGAGGUCAUGAUGAAUUCAGCACCGCGAUGAUGGAAUGGAGAAUAGCGCGCUCUGGUGUUAUUAAUUACUCUGGGGAUCUGAGUGUACCACCUGAUCAGGCUAACAAGAAAAGUUCCACAACGAUAUUAAAGAAAUCAAUCCGGAGCAGAAGAGAUAUGGACGACGAUGAAGAUUCUGAGGAUGAUGAUUAACUUUAGACCAUUAACACUUUAACUCCCAAGAUCUGAUAGCUAAUUCUCCCCUCAAGCUGUUACAGGUUUCCUUGUACAUAAGUCAGGAGAAUUUGUUGUUAGAUCAAGAUAACAAACUUAAACCCAAUAAAUUUGAGAGUUCUCAUUACCUGGUUGUUGGAUGAUGUAUGGAUAUUUUAGGAAGAAGUUACAUUUAAUCACUUCUUCUCCAUUUUUAUGGUUACUCGCAUGUAAUGGUUUAUCAAUCCAGUCCAUGAUGUAAAUGAAGAAAUUUUAAGGAUGAUGAUUAACCCUAGACUGUUACCAAGCUUGUAUGGUUGCUUAACCCUUUAACUCCCAAGAUCUCAUUAGCAAUUCUCCUUUCUGUCUGCCACACAGUUCUUGUGAUGUUAGUUUGGAGAAUUUGGUAUUGAAUAAACUUAUAAUCCCCUGAUUGAUAUUUUUCUUUAUUCUCAUCACUUGUCUGCUGGAUAUUGUAUUGAUAUUGUAAGGAGAAAUUCUGUUCUGGUCACUCAUGGUAGUGAAAGGGUUAAUAUUUUAUCACUCCAAGAAUUCUUCUAGUUAUGUAUAAAUUGUGUGACUGAUUUCUAUGUAUUUAAAGGAGACUGUUUUUAAAGUGAAUGUGAACUGCCAGAUAUGGAGAAAAUGUGCUAUCACAUGAAACAAAAUAAUAAUCAAGACAGCCUUAGUAGACUUGUUUUCCCAAGUGCCUGCCUUAUUUAUCAACUGUGAGAUCUUGUUUAAGGCAGAGUAUCUGAUGAUUGAGUGCAAUUAAAGCUCAAGUGCAACUGUG